AGAUCAAAGGACAGUUUUCAAAAAACCCUGAGAUCAUAUGUUGUUUAUUUUCUUAUCUACCCAAAAAAUGACUUUUCAAUGGAGGAAUAAAAGCCGUCAUUUGCAAAAGCCGUCAAAAAGUAACUCAGAAAGUAUUCGUGUGUAAACUUUCGUGCAUUUAUAAAGAGUGGUGAGACCUGUGAAAAGUACUUUUUUGUUUUAUGUGCCCACGUGUGGACACUCGUAAGUGGAACGUGGGGAUUCGUUGGUGGUUGAUGAAGUUCGCUUUCACUUUUCACACGGCAGCUCCAACACCAUACAUUCUGACGCACACUUUCAUCGGAUUAAAAUUAACUAAUGAACCAAUGAAGUUGCAAAAUGUAGGCAGAUGCAAGUGAAUGAGAAUAGCAGAUUCAAAACAUCAACUCAGCUGCUUGCACAACACGGAGAAUAUUAAUAUGAGUGUAUGUGUACAUUUAAUUCUGCAAACCCAAAUGUAAAGACAUUUUAACGCAUUAACUUAAAAAUAUGAAUGAACUUUGAUUUUUCGUUAUUGUUAAACCUGAUAUUUCUCAAUAUACAUUAAUAUUUAUUUCUGAAACACAAGAAAAGUAGCGAGCAAGAGUUUCGACUUGUGUCUACAGUGUUGCCAUCGUAGAGAAAUUUUCGCUAUACUGAGUUAAUGUUCUGACACCUCCACCAACUAAAAAUAUCACUGCGAAAUGUGAACCUAACCUGUUAGUCACAAUUUACAAUGGUGAGAAAAUAUACUCGGAAUAGUCGAUAGAAACAGUGAAGUACGUUCUUUCACGGGCUCUCAUUAUUCUUAUGGGGAUCCUCUCGUAAAACACGCACCCACAACGUUUUCAGCAAAAACCGAACAAAAGUUGUCAGUGCCAAUGGCAACGUAAAAUGGCUGCCCUCUGGCUUCAUCUGUGUUAUUAGUCCGUAAUGCUUGCCAUAAAAUUUUUGACGUGUUAUUUUUUUUCAACAAAUAGUACGUGUUGUGUGUGGUCCAUUGUGUACUAAACGUACAUGUCCCAGGUGAAAUUGUCUUUCAAAAAAAUAUCAGGGUUUAGUCUAAACAUAGGCCUCACGGGAUGUUGCGUAUUGUUUCUUGGUUGCUAUGGAUCCCGAACACCAGCACAUUCACGCCAUGGACGCCUGAAAAUAGAUCCCUCUCUACACCAACGCACCUGAUUCAAACGAUCAGUGCAUUACCAAGCUCUGGGGAAGCCUGAAAUGAUCACGAUCAAUUGAAUCAAUUGUUUUGGAUUAGGGAGAGCUCAAAACAUGCAGGAUAUGGCUCUGAAGGAACUGGAGUUUCCUACCCCAGUUCUACAAUGACAAUAAAAUGUGAUUUGGAGGGGGAAAAGACAGUGAGUUGAGAAGUGUAACGCACAGAUGGAGAUGUCGUCACACAGCAGAGUCAGUGGAGGGCUGCGGAAGCACCCUAGAGCCAUACAGUACAGCAAGGAGACCCGAGACCUACUGACAUCAAUGAUGCAGGAGUUCACUCUCAGCAACCUCCAAAGAAAACAGAUCAGUGACUGUCUGAAGGAUGGCUCAGCCUUGCCACCGAUCACUGAGUCUUUAUCAUCACCGUCCUCACUUCAGCCGAAAGCCAGUCAAAGCUGCCAGAAACUUCUCCCCGUUCGGCCUCUGAGACGGAGUGCCCUUUCUUGUCGCUCUGGAAACAACUAUGUCCGAGAAAAGUUCUGUCCUGCUCCCACCAGAGAUUUAGAAAAAGAGAAGACAAGGCUUCAAAACAUCUUGGCAACAGGACAAGAAGAGGAAUAUACAGCUUCCCAAAGUGUUGCCGGGAAUCGGAAGCCUGAAGUGACAGAGGAGACAGACCGCUAUCAGGAAGUUCUGGAUGAGAUUCAGGAAAUAAGACAAUUCCUGGCUGAUAUGGCCUCAUUAGGACAGGAGAGGCAGUAUAUCCACAUCAUGAACACCGAGAUAUCACAGAAAAUCAGGGAACUGGAGCUGCUGAAUGGCAAACAUCCAAAUCAGGAAGCGGUGUCUGAGCUGAAUGUGGAGCAGAGAUUGUGACAUUAGCAAAAACAAGUUCACAGCGGCCAAUCCGCUGUGUCUGAAGUGUGAGAUGACAUUUACAAGAAAUAAACAGUAGUAAUGUACUUGUAUCAACUUGCUUUAUUUGUCCACCUUCCAGUCUCACCAUUAUUUGUAUUUUCUUGCUGCUGAAAUUGCGGUUGAAAAAAUAAAAGGACAUACGUGACACGGCAGAAGCGUCUUGAUUCACUGAGGGAAAUGAUGUAUCCAGUAUAAACAGUUAAAUACAU